GCAUUUUAACUUCACUUACGGGGAAAUGAAAGAGAAAGUCUGACAGUUCAAUUUCAACCUGAAGAGAACUGCAGUAUUUGAAUGAGGAGGUUAUUGCUGAGUUUACUUUGUUAAUUAGCUGAGGAUGAAGCCAUCCUCCUGCGACACGUUCGUGGCUUUGCCUCCGUCUACCGAGGGCCAACGCAUCAUCUUCGGGAAGAACUCGGACAGACCUUGCGAUGAAGUCCAAGAGGUGGUCUACUUCCCCGCCAAGGACUACAGUCCAGGCGAAAAAGUAGAGUGUACAUACAUAGAGAUAGAGCAGAUAGCCCAUACCUAUGCUGUAGUCUUGAGUACACCAGCUUGGCUCUGGGGAGCCGAAAUGGGGGCAAAUGAACAUCAGGUCUGCAUCGGAAAUGAGGCUGUGUGGGGGAGAGAAAGUGCUGACCACGAGGAGGCUCUGCUGGGAAUGGACCUAGUCAGACUGGGUCUGGAGAGAGCAGACACUGCAGAGAAGGCUGUAGAUGUGAUCGUGGAGCUGCUGGAGAAAUAUGGGCAGGGAGGCAAUUGCAUGGAGGAUGAGUGCACGUUUACCUACCAUAACAGCUUUCUCAUAUGUGACCGCACUGAAGCCUGGGUGCUAGAAACCUCUGGGAAAUACUGGGCAGCAGAAAGAGUUGAGAAUGGAUAUCGGAAUAUUUCCAACCAGUAUUCCAUCACCACCAAGAUUGAUAAGGAGCACCCAAGGAUGCGUGAAUAUGCACGGGAGCAGGGCUGGUGGGAUGGCAAAGUGGAGUUCAGUUUUGCCGAAGUUUACUCCUUUCUUACCAAAGGCCGUAUAGAGGCCUCUGGGAGCCGUUACUGCGAAGGCCGCAGGCUCCUGGAAAAAAGCAAAGGCCAUAUCACAGCUGAGACGAUGAUGGAGAUACUAAGAGAUAAAGAGAGUGGAAUUAAUAUGGAGGGCAUGUUCAUGACAACCGGAAGUAUGGUGUCUGUGAUCCCUAAGGAUCACUUACUGCCUGGGGUCCACUUCUUCACUGCAACACCUGACCCAGAAAGAUCUGUUUUUAAGCCAUUUAUCUUUGUGGCUGACAUAAAGCAGCUGAAGCACACAUGUUCUCCAUGUUUUGGGGAGGAUGAUCCAGUAAAGAAGAAACCUCGCUUUCAGAGUAAACCUAACCGUAAACACCCUCUAUUCAUAAAGCACGAGGUGGUGGCUGCCAUAAUAGACAGCACAAGGGAGAAAGGUCAGAGGAUUGUCCAGAAAAUGAGAGAGCUGGAGAAGCAGAAAGUGACAGAAAUGGAGCAGUACCUGACUACAGGUGUGGAAGAUUCAACACUGCUGGUCCAUCUGUUCUCAAAUACUGUUGAGGAAGAGAUCAGUGCUUACAGCAAAGCCUGAGCCAGACUGAUGAACUCUUUGACCCAAAGUGAUCAUUAAAAAAUUACGAAGAACUAUAUUUUAGAACUAUUUCAUGAUCAUGAAACAUUAGCAUGCCAGCUUAAAGUGGCAGCCAAAAUUUUCACAUUGUAAAUCAUAUAAUUUAUGUACAUUAAUUAUUUUUGAAAAUAUGUAGGUACAAUAGCACACUAAGCCAAGUAAAAUUCCAAAUUACCUUUCGUAGGAAGACUUCCAACAUGUCAACCCUUCAUAUCAGGAAGAAAGGAUCAUCAACAGUUAUCACACAUGCUAUUUUUUU